AAAAAAAAAAAACACACACUAUUUUCCUCUCUCGCCUCCCUCUCUGUCAGUUAUCCUUUCUGAGUUCGCCGACCACCGCCAUAUCUCUGUAGUUCGAAAGCACUGAAAUCUCCACUGCUUUUUUCUCGAAGGUUUGAGAGUCUAUGUCACUUAAGAAGUGCAUAGCUGUUGUCUGAUUUACUGUAUUCAAGCUUUUGAGUGCCAGAGUAUACUACUACGAUAAGCUGUACACAGAUACCUUUUUCUGUGUUUCAAAUAUCCUUUCAAAUGUCAGAGGUUGAUAUGGCAGUCAUAAAGCCUGAGAUAAUGAAGUCUUAUAUUUGGCUUCAAACUGUUGAUGGCUCAAUCCAACAAGUUGAACAGGAGAUUGCGAUGUUCUGUCCCAUGAUAUGUCAUGAAGUUAUACAAAAAGGCAUGGGAUCCUCCAAGAAUUAUGCUAUAUCUCUUCCCCAGCAAGUCAAUCCUGCCAUGUUAAGUCUAAUCCUCGAUUAUUGUCGGUUUCAUCAGGUGCCUGGCCGCUCGAACAAGGAGCGCAAAUCUUUUGAUGAGAAGUUUAUCCGAAUGGACACAAAGAGGCUCUGUGAGUUGACAUCUGCCGCUGACAGCCUUCAGUUAAAGCCUCUAGUUGAUCUUACUAGUCGUGCCCUUGCACGAAUUAUUGAAGGGAAAGCCCCAGAGGAGAUACGUGAGAUAUUUCAUUUGCCUGAUGAUCUUACUGAGGAAGAAAAGCUGGAGCCUCUGAAAAAUGCCACCGAUGACCCACGCAUUCGACUGUUAAAUAGAUUGUAUGCGAAAAAGAGAAAGGAACUAAAAGAGAGGGAGAAACUAAAGAAUGUUGAGGUUGACGAAGAGCUUGUUGAUGAUCGUUCAGUUGAUGACCUCUUGUCAUUUAUUAACGGAGAUGAUGGAGAUUCUAAAGGGAUUAAAACUUCGAAGAGUAAAAAGAAGAACCGAAGAAGAAAAGAUUUGCUGAAGAGCACAUCUGCUCAUGAAGCCACUAAAAACCAUAAUAAGGAGUCAAAUGGUCUUAACUCUGUAUGCCGUAGUGCUGAAGUUGGUCAGAUUCUGCCCGGUGUUGGUGCUACCACAAACUUACAGGAUGUCGAAGAUGAUAUUUUUCCCAAUAAGAACGAGUUUGAUGACGGUGAUAUUGAUGAUGAGAUUGAUCCGACAUUGAAGGAAAAAAUUGAUAGGGAGGUGGAAGAUUUUGCCCGUAGAUUGAAUUCAGAUUGGCCGGAAAGAAUGCAAGAAAUUCUCUCUUUGGGCCAAGAAAAGAAACCAGUGCAUUUGUCACUUAAUGGCAAGGGUUCAUAAGGAGAUAUGCAGGUAUGCUGCUCUCUCUUUUCUUUCGUAAGUUUUAGUGUCUAUGUUACUUGGAUUUAGGUGUCAGAUAGUUUUGAAGCUUUUCCAUGUAUUUGAAGGGCCCAUAUUCCCGCCCCCAUUAUCGAAUGUCAGACAGAGAUACUUUUAGCAAAAUGAAACGUUGGAACAACAUAGUCUAGUGUGGUUGCUUGUGAAAGUUUUAAUCAGAUUAUCUUGGACUUUUAUUUACUUAACGCAACAUGUUCAUUCUCGUGAUGGUUUAUCAUUUGAAAGUUAAAACCGAACUUGGUUUUCUUCAUUUGUCUGAUCAAAUUAGUAAAAGAAGCAACAUUAAAAUAAUCUUGUAUGGCAAGACUCAGAUCCGGAGCAGAGGUGAUUCACAAUGAAGGUAUGCCUGAAAAUUUUUGAUGAGAUGCUUUGCAGGUGGAUGAAAGAUGGCUUCUAGAAGGGCAUUGUGGAUCCUUUGUGAGUUUUUAAUUUCCUUUUUAAAAUUUAUUUUUCUUUGUUGUGCUUAGUCAGGCUGCAAUUUUGAUUCUGAGUGCAACUUCUUUUUACUGUAUUUUAUUCAUAUCAUCUUUGUGUAUAUUCUCGUGUUAUAAUAUUAUUUAAGGUAUUAUAUAUUUUAUUAUAGUUUUGAGACAUUAAUAGUUGGUAUUAUAUAGAUUUUGAGACA